UACCGUUUUCAACCGUAUUGUUAGUUAGCCACCCAAUUUUUAUUUUUAUUUUUAUUCCCUCGGUGGAAUGGAUAGACAGACAAUACAUUUCAUCAUUUUUAAAUCAAUAACUUUAAUUAGAAAAAUAGCUGAAAAUAUUAUACAUUGUGCUUGUGCAAUACACAAAAUGCGCAAAACGAGAUAUAAUAAACAAUUUUGCUGUAGAAAAAAACAAAAAAAAAACUAUUUGUUACAUUAGUUACCUACUUCGCACGUUACGCACAAGAAUCUGCAUAUUUGUUUAAAAAAUCACAAUAAUAAUUAUUUUUAUCGAACGAUCUGCUUAGGGGCAAGAUGGGUCACUCUAAUGGGGGCAGGAUGGGUCGUGUGACAAUGGAGCACUUUUUGUUUUGAUUGGACAGAUUUGAGGUUAGGUGUUUCUGUUGACAGUAUAGAAAACAGAAGACGCUCGCCGGUCGGGAUAAUUUUCAUUCCGAGAAAAUGUGAAAAUGGUUCGCGUUUACAAAAGAAAAUCGGGUCGUGGAUCGUGGUCUACUGAGGACAUGGAACGUGCCCUCAAUUGCGUGAUUAGUGGAAGAUCGGCUAUUCGCGAUGUUGCUGAUAAUUUUGGCAUUCCGCGCGAGACGGUUCGCCGCCGGUUGGUGGAGCUGAAAAGCGGCGUUUUGCUGAAAAAAAAACUGGGACGUUUUGAUCCUGUUUUUCCACCGGAAUUAGAGCAGGAAUUGGCCGACCACAUCAUAUCCUUGCAAAAUCGGUUUUUCGGUAUGAACACCAGAGAUGUGAGAGAACUUGCGUAUGCACUGGCCAAGAAAAACAAUCUUCCAAACGCUUUCUCCGAUGAAACCAAGCUCGCUGGAAGAGACUGGUUGGACGGGUUCCGCAAAAGGCAUCCGGAGAUAACCCUUCGUACACCCGAAAAAACAUCAAUUGCUCGAGCCAGAUGUUUCAAUAAGCCCACCGUUGCCAAAUUUUUUGAUAUGAUGGAGAAGGUUUAUUUGGAAGGAAAUUUUUCGCAGCACCGCAUUUUCAAUGUCGAUGAAACGGCGCUGACAACCGUAAGUUUUCCGGCAAGGAAUAAAAAGCAAUUGUCAUUUUAAUGUAUUAUUAUGUUGUUUUUUUCAGGUGCAAACGAAGUCGUCCAAGGUGUUUUCGCGCAAAGGGAAAAAACAGGUUGGAACUCUUUCCUCUGCCGAGAGAGGAAUUUUGACCACUGCAGUAAUCUGCAUGUCUGCAGCAGGAAUGUAUGUUCCGCCAAUGUUAAUUUUCCCUCGCGUACGAAUGAACGACGAACUAAAAAUUGGAGCACCAGCGGGAACACUGUUCAGAGCACACCCUAGUGGCUGGAUGCAGUGCGACUUAUUCGUUGAUUGGUUCAAACAUUUCUUGGUUCACACAAAGCCUACGAAGGACGAUCCCGUACUUCUAAUUCUAGACGGUCAUGUUAGCCAUACCAAGAAUUUGCAGUUCCUUGAUUUGGCUCGAGAAAACCAUGUUACCGUUGUGUCGCUCCCGCCCCACUGCACCCACCGUUUGCAACCCUUGGAUGUGUCAUUUAUGAGCCCGCUAAAGACAUAUUACUCCAAGGCUAUUGAAAAAUUCCACCGCGAUACAAAGGGACAGCCGGUGAAGCAGGCGAAUAUCUCUCAACUCUUUGCGGAAGCGUACGCCAAAGCCGCGCAGCAAACUACAGCAGAAAACGGUUUCCGGCACACCGGACUGUACCCGCUUGACCGUAAAGUGUUCAGUGAUGAAGAUUUUGCUCAUUCCAACCCUUCCCCGAUUAAAGUGGUGCCAAAAACACAGUUUCGAUCACGGCGUGAUUCGAUUUGGUUUGAAGAUGACUUGCUGGGCUUCGAAUUGUCAAAACCCGUUACCUCGGACCAAUCUUCCAAACCGGUUUGCCCGGAGCAGGGUCCAGAAGGGCCACAAGAGUCAACUUCUCUGGAGCAAUCGCCGAAACCAGGUCCUUCGGAACGCAAUCGUGAAGAAAAAGAGGAGGAACCAACACCGAGAGAUUCAACGUUGGACACCGGAGCAAUCAUCAACACGGAACCAAAAGCGAGUCUCGACAAUGAUCAUGGAAUAAGAUUCCGGCCAAGUGACAUUAUGCCGCUCCCUGGUUCCAUGGUGCAGUCUAAUGCUCCGAAGCGUGGCCGAGUUGCCGAGAAAGCGGCUGUGCUUACAAGCGAUAAUUUUAUCAAACAAUUGCGUCAGAAGAAGCAAGAAAAGGAAAAUAAAGAUCAGGAUCUGUUGGUCACCGACACCGAAGGCCCUAAGAAACGUCGUAGGGGUGUCACAUCAACGAGAAAGAACAAGAAACUUGCCAAGAAAACUGUUUCAAAACUACCCCGAGAGUAGCCACCAAUCUUGUCCGACGCUGUGCAGUGAUAGAGGCAGUAAGAAAACAAAGUGGAGUGGACAAAGUAAACGAUGAUCUGAUGUUCAAAGUGACUGCAAAGAGAAAAGACCAACAAGAAUGUCGGAGGACAUAGUUGGAAAUGAUUUUUGAUUAAAAAUGGAGUUAAUAUUGAAAAGUUAUGAACUUCCUUAUUUUUUAAAAUUGAAAUCGAAAUAAAGGUUUUUUCUUUGUUUGAGUACAAAACAUGCUUCUUUAUUGUCUUUUUGACAGAUAUUUGUCUUUAGUAAAUAAAAAUAAUAAUAAAAAUAAACAUUUUCACUAUUGACCCAUCUUGCCCCCGAGUUCGACCCAUCUUGCCCCCGCGUUUUUUAAGGGUCACAGAAAUGAGCAUUUAAAAGUAGUUCUACAAAAUGUGUAAGUUUAGUCAAAGCAAUAAUAGUUUUUGUGGUAAGGUUGAGCAACACAGUAAUUUAUGUUAACACACCAUUUACAGCCUAUGAUCAGCAUCCUAGGGGGAGAUAUUGUCAUUAUUUCUUAAGUGACCCAUCUUGCCCCCCCUUAC